UGUUGUCUGGCCUCACCAAAGAACAUUGUACCACAUAUCACUAGCCUGAGAAAAGAUCCGAAUUCAAGAUUUAAAGUACGAUGUCUGUGGAACAUGUAUCACUUUUGCGCCAUUGUGUAAUGUAAAAAUCAUUUAACCUUUGCUCUGUGUGGAAGAAACAUCUGUUAAGAAGAUCAGAUUUUAUGUGGUUAAAAUAACCGCAACAACUUUAUCAGGGUUUCUUUAAUCUCUGCUGAUACUCGCCAUUUCAGAGACUCUCAGCCCCUUCUGCUUUGAUUGUACCCCAAAAGGCCUGAUAAGAUCAACUCAGAUAAUGUGCUAAGCAGCCUUUUGUUAACUGUAAAAAUGUUUUAGGCAGAUAAGGUGUUAUUACCCUUCAUUUAUUUCAUAAAUAUUUAUUGAGAGACUGUCCCGAGCCGGGAAUUGUGGUAGAUGCUGGGGAACGUGUAGAGAAUGAAUCAGGCAAAGCACUAGCCCAGCUCCUCGCGGAGCUUAUAUUCCAGAGUAGGGGUGACAGCCAGUAACCAAGAAUAUAGGAUAAAUUCUGGAGACCUCGCUCCAUCAUCUAGAUAACUCGCUCUUUAAAACACCUCUCAAACACUAGUUCCUUCCAUAAGUAGUCCCUGGGUCCCCUUCUGUCCUUCCCACCAUGAAGUGUGCACAUCUCAUCACAGCUCUUACUUCACUAUAGUGUGAAUGGGCCAGGUUUAUCUCCCUAUCUAUUGUGUCAUGUUGUGAGCUCCUCAAUGGCAGGUAACAUUUCCUAUUAUCUCCUUGGUACCUGUGAUGCCUGCCUUGCACAUAGCAUGUACUUAAUAUUUGUCACAAUGGAGCCAUUAAGACAUGGUGGUUAAUCGUGGCCCUGACAUCAUAGACUCUCAGUCCAGACCCAUAAAAUAGGAAGUGAUAUCUACAAUCAUACAGUCUAGCCCACCCUGUAUAUAUGAGGAACUCGAGCUUCAAUGGUAUGAUAUAUGACCCUGGGCAAAGCAAAUCAUCAUUCCGUGUCUCAGCAUCUGCAACUGUUAGGUAGAAUGAGAAUUUUCGAGCUGAAUGAAAUUCAGAAUGGUCCAAAUACUCCAUUUGAGAGGUGAUUAAAAUGAGAAGCAGAAAGAUUAAGCAACUCUUCUAAAAGUCUCACAGCAACUUAGGAGAAGAACCGAGAACAGAUCAGAUGUUCUGGAGCACAUAGUAAUUCUCUUGUCACAUUUCCUUGUUUCUUCUCCCCAUAAGCUUGGGUAGUAUCACAAGAAGGCCGUGAAGUUACGGGGAAACAAUAGAUAUGAAUACUGUGGAUGGAGUAUGAAUUAGUGCUACCACUCUGGAAAAAACGCUUUGUUAUUAUCUGGGUCUCAUGACAAGAGAUGUUCUGUUUUAGUGGGAGAUCACUGAUUCCGUAACUACUAAGCAGUGAGGAGACUUUCUUUGAGAGUUUGCUGUGGCCCCGGGGAACUUAAAUGCCCCCAAACUGGACACUUCACUACUGUCUUUCUUGUGUCGGAGUUAUUUACAUAAGGCCUAACCUCGUGAACUGAGCUCCUUGGGGGAAAGAAUGCUUCAUACCCUAUAGGACCCAGCACAACGAGGCAGCACUAAGUAGAAGAUGAGGCUGAAGUGGAAGCUGUCAAGCAUUUUUACCAUGGCCAAAUUUGGUUUCCGUCGUAACUGAAUACAUGCACACAUCAUCGAGUUUGGAAAGUUGUGCAAGAGAAACCUUGCUAGACCCUCUUGCCUCGCUCACGACGUGUUGCCCCUCUGUCAGAUUUUUGACUUCGACCAGCUCGCGCCUUUUCCCAACGUGGUUCAUGAGGUGGCAGGUGGAAUAUUCAAAAAGAGCCUGGCUUCUGGAAUCAGACAGCUUUGCAUUUGAGUCCUGACAGCAUGACCUUAGGAAAGGUACUUAAGCUUUCUCCAGUUUCCUCAACUGUGACAUCGUGAGGACCUCCUAUGCCCUGAAGGACCGAAUUAAGCCAAACACACAAAGGCACCUGGCCACGGGACUUGAUCUUUUCCCGAACUUUCUCCUUGGCAUUUGGACGUUGGCUGCCUGGCAUCCUUUCGGGCUUGGCUAACCACUUUGGCCCCAGAGUUUCCUAUUGCCUCAGAUAUUAUUUUAAAGUAAUCUCUACACCCAACUUGGGGCUCUGACUCACAAGCCCCAGAUCAAGAGUGGCCUGCUCUACUGACUGAGCCAGCCAGGCAUCCCAACUGCUCUACUUUCCAGCUCUGGUCAUUAUCCCAGUUUUAGAGAUGAUGGAUCAUCUUCAUAGAGGGGAAUCAGUUGCUGCAAUACUCCGUAACCGAUCUCUGGUGGAGGACGAAGACCAGCACAUGAAAUUGUCCCUCGGAAGCAGCGAAAUGGGUCUCUCGUCGCAUCUGCAGUGUUCCAAGUCAGGAACCACACGCAUCUUUACCAGCAACACCCACAGUUCCGUGGUGUUACAGGGCUUUGACCAGCUUCGACUUGAAGGAUUGCUUUGUGAUGUGACCCUGAUGCCAGGUGACACGGAUGACGCCUUCCCUGUGCAUAGAGUCAUGAUGGCCUCUGCUAGUGAUUACUUCAAGGCCAUGUUCACAGGUGGAAUGAAAGAACAAGAUUUAAUGUGCAUUAAGCUUCAUGGUGUGAGCAAAGUCGGUUUAAGGAAAAUUAUUGAUUUCAUUUACACUGCAAAGCUUUCGCUUAACAUGGACAACCUUCAAGAUACACUAGAAGCUGCCAGUUUUCUACAGAUUCUGCCGGUUUUGGACUUCUGCAAAGUGUUUCUCAUAUCUGGGGUCACUUUAGACAAUUGUGUCGAAGUUGGUCGGAUCGCCAACACCUACAAUCUGACAGAAGUGGAUAAAUACGUCAACAGUUUUGUCUUGAAGAAUUUUCCCGCGUUGCUGAGCACCGGGGAGUUCUUAAAACUCCCUUUUGAGCGUCUUGCCUUCGUGCUUUCCAGUAAUAGCCUUAAGCAUUGCACUGAACUCGAGCUCUUUAAGGCCACCUGUCGCUGGCUACGCCUGGAAGAGCCUCGGAUGGACUUUGCUGCAAAAUUAAUGAAGAACAUACGAUUUCCACUGAUGACACCACAGGAGCUCAUUAAUUAUGUGCAAACCGUGGAUUUCAUGAGAACUGACAACACGUGCGUGAAUCUCCUUUUGGAAGCCAGCAAUUACCAAAUGAUGCCGUAUAUGCAGCCAGUGAUGCAGUCAGACAGGACUGCCAUUCGCUCUGACACCACUCAUCUGGUCACACUGGGAGGAGUUCUGAGGCAGCAGCUGGUUGUCAGCAAGGAAUUGCGCAUGUAUGAUGAAAAGGCCCACGAGUGGAAAUCUUUAGCCCCCAUGGAUGCCCCAAGGUACCAGCAUGGCAUUGCCGUCAUUGGAAAUUUCCUCUAUGUCGUCGGCGGACAGAGUAAUUAUGACACGAAAGGAAAAACGGCGGUCGAUACAGUCUUCAGAUUUGAUCCUCGCUACAAUAAAUGGAUGCAGGUUGCAUCUUUAAAUGAAAAGCGCACCUUCUUCCACCUAAGUGCCCUCAAAGGAUACCUGUAUGCAGUCGGCGGGCGAAACGCGGCUGGUGAACUGCCCACAGUCGAGUGUUACAAUCCAAGAACAAAUGAGUGGACCUACGUUGCCAAAAUGAGUGAGCCCCACUAUGGCCAUGCUGGAACCGUAUAUGGAGGAGUGAUGUAUAUUUCAGGAGGAAUUACUCAUGAUACUUUCCAAAAGGAGCUGAUGUGCUUCGACCCUGAUACUGACAAAUGGAUCCAGAAGGCGCCAAUGACCACUGUCAGAGGUCUGCAUUGCAUGUGUACGGUGGGCGAGAGGCUCUACGUCAUUGGUGGCAAUCACUUCCGAGGAACGAGCGAUUACGACGAUGUCCUGAGCUGUGAAUACUACUCCCCUAUCCUUGACCAGUGGACCCCAAUUGCUGCCAUGCUAAGGGGGCAGAGCGAUGUUGGGGUCGCUGUCUUUGAAAAUAAAAUCUACGUGGUCGGUGGGUAUUCCUGGAAUAACCGUUGCAUGGUAGAGAUCGUGCAGAAAUACGACCCAGAUAAAGAUGAAUGGCAUAAGGUUUUUGAUCUCCCGGAGUCCCUUGGUGGCAUCCGAGCUUGUACGCUCACGGUUUUCCCCCCCGAAGAAACCACACCAUCACCUUCUAGAGAGUCCCCUCUUUCUGCACCAUAAGAUCAUCCCUCCAACUAAGAUGCUGUAGUCCUAUCUUUGCAACGUGUCAUGAAUUCUCUUCUUUUGCCCCCCUUUAGUAGUGUGUUAGGAUUAGCCUCCAGUAAUCGAUACCGAUAUUGGAAAAAAGACAACCUUGAUGUUAUUUGUGCUGUUCGUUUGGCUUAGAGUGUUUAUCAAGUGGUAACAAAACCAUUCUGGAAAUGUAUCCCGUUGAAGCUGAUGUUUAACAUACAAAAAAAAAAAAAAAAAAAAACCAAAAACCACAAAACCACAAAAAAAAAAAGAACCCACCAAGGUAUUGUCUAUAAAAUGUUUCUUCAGUACUUUCUUGAUGCCGUGUACCGGGUGUGAGGUAUUUAUCAUCUCCUAUUCGGAAGCCCCAUAAACCAACUUGCAGGUGGAUUGUAACUACAACUGUGCUAAUAACUAGGCUUCAAAGUAAAAAGUUUUCGCUUUUAUCUUUGUGAGGUGUGAAAGGGAGGCGGCUCGCCCCACCAGGAGACAAUAGCGAAAGGUCGCCAACUCGCAUGAGCUCCCUCCCUCUUUUCAUAAAGUAUUUUUGACAUAUCUGUCAACCCACCUGUCUGUGUGGGUGCAUUGAGAACAUAGAAAGUUUCUUAGACACACAGGAGAAAUCGUAACUGUAACCAAACAAACAAAAAAAAAAAACAGCACGACCCCUGUACUUAUAAACAAGGGUUCGGGGUUUCUAAAGUGUGUAUAGACACACACACAUACAUACAUCAGACACAAAAUUUUAAACCUUGAAUGGCGCGUCGGAUCAACGUGCAAAAAAGCCUUUUUAAAUUCCUUCCAAAAAGCAGCUUCCAUGAGAAUGGGAAUUCAGUGCAUACUGAAUUGAGGUGGAUAAGGGCUAGAAAUUUUGAGCAACUCAAUUUGUCACAAGACCAAAUUUUUCCUUCCGAGACUGUAAUCGACACCUUCUCCUUGGCUGUUGAGGUAACUUACGUAUUAUGUGUUCUGUAUACUCUCGAUUCAUAAGGUUAUUUAGCACAAAAUGUAGCAGCUUCACCUGGCGAGCUGCUUUUGCUCAGUGAUCUCAACUUCCAUGUUUUAUCUCUUUUUGUUCAAUAAAAAAGCAUUUAAUGUCA